AAGAGGUGUGUGGCCUUAGGUGGUCCUUUGACGAAUGUCAUCUCGCGUCAGGUGGGAACGACAACAAGCUCUACGUGUGGAACCAACACAGCAGCCAACCGAUCCAGAA